UAGAAGUGAAGCUGCUGCCGCUGUCCCGUUUCAAAUCAUAACGCAACAACCCAGUCCUCUCUAGAGCGACCGGAGAGAGAACUCCCAGCCACGGCCACGUUGUAUACAGUAUAUCUCUGCAGAGGACAAGUGAAGCAUCCCCCGCUGCCAAGCUGGAGCAAGCAGUCCACUGUCCGCCGCAGGGGCAGCAGCAGCAGUUCCAGUGGACCGGGACGGAGCGGCAGCCGCCCCCUUGGACCGAUGAAUUGGCCGAGAUGUCCCGGCACAUCUACACCCGUCAGGGCAUCGCCGAGGGGCCCCAGAAACCCGUCUUCCAGGCGAAUAGGGGGACCUACUCCAGACGGAGCCGUCUGAAGAGGUCCGACGGCAGCACCACCUCCACCAGUUUCAUCCUCAGACAGGGCUCUGCCGAUUCCUACACAAGCCGACCGUCGGACUCGGAUGUGUCCCUGGAGGAGGAGAAGGAGGGCGGCCGGCAGGAGAGGGAGCAGCAGGCCACCGUCCAGCUCGAGAGGGCCAAGACCAAAGCGGUGGCCUUCGCCGUGAAGACCAACGUCAGCUACUGCGGCGCCCUGGACGAGGACGUCCCCGUGGCGGGAACAGCCAUCUCCUUUGAUGCAAAGGACUUCCUGCACAUCAAAGAGAAGUACAACAACGACUGGUGGAUCGGCCGGCUGGUGAAGGAGGGCUGUGAGAUCGGCUUCAUCCCCAGCCCACUGAAGCUGGAGAACAUCCGCAUGCAGCAGGAGCAGAAGAGAGGGCGUGCCUAUGGCAGUAAGUCCGGUGGGAAUUCCUCUGCCAGUCUUGGAGAUAUGGUCUCAGGCACGUUUAAACCAAACCCCAACACCACAGGGAAGCAGAAGCAGAAAGUGACUGAGCACGUUCCCCCCUACGAUGUGGUGCCAUCCAUGAGGCCAGUGGUCCUGGUGGGUCCCUCUCUGAAAGGCUAUGAGGUGACGGAUAUGAUGCAGAAGGCGCUGUUUGACUUCUUGAAGCACAGGUUUGAUGGGAGGAUAUCCAUCACCAGGGUAACGGCUGACAUAUCCCUGGCCAAGAGGUCUGUGUUGAAUAACCCCAGUAAGAGGGCCAUCAUAGAAAGAUCCAACACUCGCUCCAACCUAGCGGAGGUCCAGAGUGAAAUUGAGCGGAUAUUUGAGCUGGCCCGGUCUCUACAGCUUGUGGUGUUGGACGCUGACACCAUCAACCACCCCACGCAGCUCCUCAAGACAUCGCUAGCACCCAUCAUCGUCCAUGUUAAAGUCUCCUCACCCAAGGUUCUCCAGCGGCUCAUCAAAUCCAGGGGGAAAUCCCAAAGCAAACAUCUGAAUGUGCAGCUGGUGGCCGCGGACAAGCUAGCUCAGUGCCCUCCGGAGAUGUUUGACAUCAUUCUGGACGAGAACCAGCUGGAGGACGCGUGUGAGCACCUGGCGGAAUACCUGGAGGCCUACUGGCGUGCCACGCACACCUCCCUGAGCACACCGCUCAACCCCCUGCUCGGCCGCAACCUGGGCUCCACCGCCCUUUCGCCCUACCCCGCGGCCGUGCAGGGGCAGAGGAAUCGCAACAGCAACCACGCGGCGGGCGACACCUCCCCGGUGGAGCGCCGCAGCCUGAUGCCGGCGGACGAGAACUACCACAACGAACGCAUGCGGAAGAACCGCAACCGCCUCUCCUCGGGGUCGCAGCACAGCCGCGAGCACUGCCCCCUGGUGGAGGAGGACUUCCAGGACCCUUACCAGGACUCGUACAAGCCCCACAGAAACCGCGGAUCCCAAGGAGACUUCAACCAGGACUCGAGGCACAGGCUCUGA